CCCAGCUUGCUCGCCCCCAGUGUCAGACUCUGAUGAUCCUAACUACUUAAAAAGUUCGUGUUCUUCUUGAUUAUGUCAUUUUAAUGGAGCUCAUGGUGCUGCCCAGCUGCUGCAUUCGACCUUUCCGCCUGUAUUAAUAUCAUCUUCUUCUUCAUUUCAUCGAGGUCAUAACACACUGCUUCCAGAGUGGCAGCUGAGUUGAGUAACCUGCUUAAUCAUGGAUCAGAAGACAUGGCUUUGGAGGAAAAGAUCUUCAGAGAAGACAAUCAUUGCAAAUGGAAAGGCUGAUUGUGAUGUGAAAGGAAAAGAAGAGAUUCUUCCAAAUGAAAACGAAAUAGCUCUGGAGGAAUCCGUUAAGAUCCUUAACGAGAAGUUAGCUUUUCUGACAACUGAAAGCAAUGCUAAAGAAGAGCUUCUGCAAAAUCAUGCAAAAAUGGCAGAAGAAGCUAUGGCAGCUCAGAAGAAAGUAGAGGCAGAAGUACUGCACUUGAGAAAUGAAUUGGAUGAAGCUUUGAAACAAAAAUUGGCCGCAAAUGACAGACUAGGGAACUUAAAUGCGGCAUUAAAGGACUGCAUGCAGCAACUAAAUGUGGUUAGAGAAGAACAGGAGCAAAGAGUAAAUGAUGCUAUAAUGAGAACUUCAAAGGAAUUCGAGAAGGCACACAAAAAACUAGAGGAAAAGUUUUCAGAAGCAAACAAAAAGCUUGCAAAUUUUACAGCAGAGAAUUCCCAUCUUAGUGAGGCAAUCCAAGUGAAAGAAAGCCUGAUUGAAGAUCUAAGAAUUCGCAGGUCCCAGGUAGAAGCAGAAUUUGAUGCAUUAAUGGCAAGACUGGAUUCUGUUGAAAAAGAAAAUGCUUUCUUGAGAUAUGAGUUCCGUGUGCUCGAGAAAGAUCUUGAUAUUAGAAAUGAAGAGAUAGAGUUCACUCGCCGCUUUGCAGAUGCCUCACAGAAGCACUACUUAGAGAGCAUGAACAAAGUAAAGAAGUUAGAAACUGAAUGCCAGAGGUUGCGUGUCAUGGUGCGUAAGAGGCUGCCUGCUCCAGCUCUUCUCGCAAACUUGAAGGCUGAAGUUGAACUCCAAGGAAGACGACAGAUAGAGACAAGGAGGAGAAAAACCAAUCCAGUUUCUGGAGGUUUAGUUGUGAGAGAAUCUACCAGAGAAAACCUUGAUAUCUCCAGUAAGAGAAUCAGUUUCUUGGUUGAUCGUUUACAGAAUGCCGAACAAGAAAACAAGAUUCUCAGGGAUCUUUUGGUAAAGAAAGAUAAUGAUCUCUCUCAUUCUGUUACAUCAUGCACGCAUAUAGUUCCCAUAUCAGCACAAGGUGAAGCCCAGCUAGCGGAGCCUCAUAAAGCUGAGCGAUCUUUGGAGUUGGCUGUGUUGAAUACUGUGUCCAGUAAAGUCUCUUCAGUAUCAGAUACAAACAUCCAUGAGGAACAUGAAACAAGUAGUUCUCGAUCAUGGACUUCUGGUUUGAUCUCAGAAUUUGAGAAUUUCAAAGAUGCAGACCACAAGAAUAUGCCCGAUCACAGAACGUUGGGGAUAUCAGACAUGAGCCUGAUGGAUGAUUUUGUUGAAAUGGAGAAGCAAGCAAUAGUUGCUAUCAAUGUCCCCCACGAUAAUUAUCAUGCUUUUUCAGAUAUGCACCAUGUACAACCUGGUUACUCAAAGAGGGAGAUUUGCCAGAAUCACGUGGAUUCAACAGGUUUGGAACUUGUUCCAGUCGGAGACGAAAUUUGUGAAAGGCACCAGGAGCUACAAACGAGUGAUUCUUCUUCCACAAAACCACGUGACUGGCUUCAGGCUGUCCUGAACAUGAUAUUGGAGCAAUUUCAUGUUUCAGAAAGAAGUAUUGAUGAACUUCUUGAAGACAUUAGAACUGCAGUGCACCGUGAAACUUAUGAGGUAAGGAGCUCAGCUCAUUCUAGACAAAAUGAGCUACUACCUAUUAGUGGCUACAUUACAUGGAAAUCUCAGACAGCAUCUCCAGUAUUGGGCUCAUCCAAAGGUGUUCCUGAUGUAUGCUCCUGUUUGGAAGAAACAAGCCAUGGUGUUAUCCAACCUCUAAGCAUUUCAAUUGGCAAAAUUGUUGAAUUUGUCAGAAGAUUGACUUCUGGACAUUCACAUGAUUGUACUGAGCGAGCUAACCGGUUAGAGAUGGAAUCAGGUGCUUCACCAUCUAAUCAGCUCACAACGGCCGAAGACUUUGCAAUUCAUGUUUUUGGAUGGAAAGCUUGUGAACUUGCUGCUGUUUUGCACCAAUUUGGAGCUACAUGUAAAUAUCUGGUGGAUGGGAAAGUUAGUUUUGAGAAGUUUGCUGCAGAAUUAUCGUCAGCUCUGGAAUGGAUCAUGAACAACUGUAUUACCAAUCAGCCUAUUUCUGGUACUGGAUAUGAUCUGAGGCAUCAUUUUUCUCACAAUGCUGUGGGAACUGCUAUUGAACUUGGAUUUGUGCAAAACCUUUUGUUGGAAAUGGAGAGGACUCGUUCUAUUCUUCAAGUAGAGAAUAAAGCAUUAAAGACCGAGCUUAAUUUUUUGAAAUCCUUGCAGAAAGAUUUGGAGCUGAAUUUGCAGUCUGCAAGGGAUAAGAGCGAGGCUCUUACAAGUGACGUGGAGCAAUCACAGCAAAGCAUCAAAGGUUUAGAAACUGAAUUGGAAACAUUGAGUGAAUCAAAAAGAAUGAUGGAAGAGCAGUUUGAAAAUCAGAAAUUGAUAAAUGAAGAACUUGACACCCACCUUACUGUUGCAAAAGCAAGACUCAAUGAUGUUUCCCAAAAGUUGUCUUCUCUUGAAGUAGAACUGGAGGAUAAGAGUCACUGUUGUGAAGAAUUGGAAGCGACGUGUCUUGAACUCCAACUCCAACUUGAAAGUCUUACCAGCAAGGAAAUUCUGAGAGAUGACAUAAAUCAAGAGGGAAAGCUGCUUCAGACAGGCUGGGAGAUAAAAGCUGCUUCUGCGAAAUUGGCAGAGUGUGAGGCAACCAUUUUAAACCUUGGGAGCCAGUUAAAUGCCCUGACUCCACCAAAGGAAGCAUCCUCUGCAAAUAAAACGUUGUCUAUUCCCAGCAAGAAUAAUAAGAAGUUGAACCAGCGAUUAUCCUUACUUGAUCGGAUGUUAAGUGAAGAAAGUACUAUAAUGAAUGAUCUGAAACCUUCCCAGUCGAAGGAACUUAUAAGCACUGCUGAGACACAGAUGCAACCUCCCUGUCGAACCAUAAGUGAUAGAGCGCUUUAUCCUUCUGGCUCCCAACUAGCAGCUGCAGACCUCGUUCCAAAGCGUGAAGCAAGUAAAAAUUCCAAAGCCGGGGCCUUGGUGGUUGUACCGACCAAGAAACGGGGAAGAGCAAUUGGUUUUGUGAGGAGGCUGCUCCUUGGGAGAAUGAGGGGAAGCAGCAAGAAGACGCCCUUUUCCUUCGCCACGUAAGACAUGUUAAGUUAACGCAAUAAAAGCUGACUUUUGCUUGUGAAUUGGUAUGUAACUUAUCCUGUUGCUUUGUCUAUAAGUUGGUAUGGAAAUACACGAGAUUUGAGUCUUUAGCCUCAUGGUUUGAUUUCAGAGAUUGCAAAUUUCAGUGGAUGCCAA